AAUCUUAUGCUUGUCGCUCUGUGAUAUUUCAAAAAUGUCAUCUGAUGGUAGUCUAGGCGGUUAUUUUUUGUUGUCAGUCACUGGACAGAUUGAAAAGGCUGACUUUCCAUUUCAUGAUUAUAUAUGGUGCAAAUACUGCUUUGCUACCGGUCCCGACUGGACAAAACUAGCUGGUCUAGAUGAAGGGAUGACCCAAACGUCUAUUAAAGGUGUCGGUUGUAAUAAUCAGAACAAUUUUAAUUUUCCAAUUGACAUUUCAUGGAAAUCAACGAACCCAUUUGGUUGGCCUCAAAUUGUCAUCCAUGCCUACGGCGUUGACGUCUUUGGAAAGGACGUCCUGCGAGGUUACGGGGCAGCAUACAUCCCUAUGAAGAUUGGAAGCCACCGAAAACAAGUAUCUAUGUUUGUGCCCCAAUCUUCUUCACAGUUAAUGAAACUGAAUGCAUGGUUAACUGGGAAAAGACCGGAGUUUCUUAAUCCGAAAGUAAUAGCUAGUGGUGAGGGCCGUGGAGUGACAAAAGUACAAACUCAAGGUUUUGUCGAUAUCAUAUUCAAUAUCGCUGUAAAAAAUCUACAGAAUUUAGGUUAUGCAAAUGAUAAAAAAAGAGAAUCUAUAACAGAAGACUUAUUAAUGCUAAUCAACAAAGAUGCAUUAUAAACACAAUACAAAUUGGUUUAUUUAUUAUUGUCAAAUAAAAUUUCUACUUUUUGCUAAAUGAACAAAUAAUGAAUGAUUUUUGUAAAUGUUAACUUUUUCUUUCUAACAAUUCCAGCUAACUGUAAAAAUUAUCGGUAUGCUUAAAAUGCAAACAAUGAGUGUGAAUAAAAAUGCAGCUGUUUUCACUUUCACUGAAUCAGUAAAAUCCUAGUUCAGCCAUUAUUGAGAAGUGUUAGAAAGAUCAAUUUAAUUAUCAUGGCAAAUGAAUUGACACAGAAUACCCCAUGCAAAAUUGCAGAGAUUAUAAAUAAAACACAGAGUUACUGUUAAUAAUAAAAAUC